AUGGCCGACGAUGGCUCGACUUGGGACGCCGCGGGCGUCGUCGCGCGUGCCAAGGCGCUGAUCCACUCGAGCAACUACGAGAAAGUGGCCGAUGCCCGGAAAAGCGUGGACGAUGUAUUGGCUGCAUGGGUUACCGUUACUUCACACCAGACCGACCCGACCCGGGUCGCUCAAUGCACCGCCGCUGUCGUGUCGCUCUGGCACUUUUAUGCAGCGCUGGAGAUGGAGCUCCGGCAGUUCAAACAGGCGAUCAAAGUCUUUGAACGAGCAGUGACGUGCCCUGUCGCAGGCUCCCACAUGGCCUUGUGGCUCCAGUACGCCGACUUUUGCGUGCAGAGGAACAAAUUUUCCAAUGCUCGAAAGGUUUUCGUCCGGGCGCUCGAGACGCUGCCUGAAGACAAACACACAGCCGUGUGGGCGCGAUUCUACGGCUUUGUGUGCACAAAUGUCGACAAUAAACUGUCUCUGGCUAUGCUGCAGCAUCAGGUGAUGCCGGACAAGUUCCCUCAGCCAGGAGCAGCUCUUGGUGUGGCACUCCCGCAUGCCGCGCAGUCUAGUAUGAUCACUACUACGCGUGCUUCGGUUGCAGCAGUACCUGCUGUAGUUCCUGCUGUGGCUUCUGUUGUAGCUCCUGCUGCAGUACCUAGUGCUUCUUCUUCUUUGCCGGUACCGAUGCAGACGCUUCCAAGUACAUUGCAGCCACAACAGAUGCAGUUGACUAGUGUCCCGAGCACUGGGACUAGUACAGUGUCCCUCGUCGACCCGAUUGUAGCAUUCGUUGACAAGACUGGAGAAGUGAAGUCGAGUCAUCUGCGAACGCCUAUUUCUCAUGCUGUGGCAAGCAUAGACGCUGCAGCCGAUCGUGGAGGUGCAGUAAAAAGAGGGCCAUCGGAUCCUCGACUUGCGGGCGAUGCGAAGCGCAUCAAACAAGAUGUAGCAGCACUUGGCACGGCUGUAGCAGCUACGGUAUCUGCUGCUGAGCCUGCAGCGCAUUUCUUGCAUAUUCCGCUGACGCUGCCGUUCAUUCCCGAUUGUCCCCACUUGAUGUUUGAUAGCGUGGCGGAUGGCGAGGCUCAAAAGCAGAUUGGCAACAAGCUCUUGGAGCGCUUAUCCGACGUGUUAAGUGAUAGCGCUGUCUUUGAGGGCGUAGGCAAGUUGCGCAACGAGCAGCGUACUCGCGAUCGCGAGACGCUUUACCGUUGGCAAGACCUUGUUGGUAUGCAGAUGAAAGAAGGCAGUGAGCUGUUUGCUCGACACGUCGCACUAGAGAUGCAGCACGGAUUUUCAGACCCGCGAGGGCACAUUGCACUCAAGACGCAGCACUUGGAGCAACGCCGCGAGUUUACUAGUCGCUGUCAGAUGUCACAGCAGCAGUUCAUCGAUAUUUGCUCUCUGGACCGCGCUAACGCUCUUAAGGCGCAGCAGACGUCGCUCGAGAAGAUGAAGAUACCAGAAAUGAUAGUGACGACGGACGUUGAAGUUAUCGCAAUGCAGCGUGCUGUUGUCGGUUUAAUCCUGGAAGCUGAAAAGCUAUGGCGUGAGGAAAAUCAGCAGUCGUCUACUGAAGUAAAUGCAGCUUCUAUUGCUAACAAGAAGGAUCUUCAGGAAGCAUCCGCAUCGCCUAGCCGUUCUUCUGGUCGGCAACGACGCGACAGCCAAGACUCUAUUACUUCGAGUCACUCUACAGCACGUAGUUCGAAUACUGGUGGUGCUCUACGCACCAGCAGCAGCAAUAAUGGUCCACACGACCCACGCGGAUCCCGCGCCUGGGGCGGCAAUGGGAACAGCCGCCGCCGUGAUCGUGAUCCGCGUGGUGGCCGCGGCCGCUUGAACAAGUGGGAUAUCCAGCCCCAGCAGCAGUCCGGUCCUCCUGGUGCUGUCACUUCGCAACAGCACUCACGUUACAAUUACUCUGGACAACAGGCUGUGCCUAGAGCACAAGAACAACAGCAAAUGCCAAUGUAUGACCGUGGGCCGCAACGAACGCAAGUGCCUAUGCAACCGCAGCAAUAUCCUCGCCAAUUUCAGCAGCAGCAGCAGCAACCCCACGGUGCACUGAACGCACCACCUUAUGAUAAGUAUGGAGGCCAGCAGAGUUCUAUGCCAGAACAGCAGGGUUACGAGCAGCUUUCAGGCACUUACUUUUCGGGCCCGCAAGAAGGUCCUCGUCGUCUCGGCGAUAGCGAUCGAUUUGUAGGACAAGGAGACCCUUCUAGAGGUGGCUUUGCAGGUGGGAGCUGGCCACCGUCGCAGCAACAGCCAUUUUAUCAGCAGCAACCGCAGCAGGUAAUGCGGCAGUACCCAAGCUCCAUGACUGCAGACGAUUAUAGACCUCCGUAUGAUCCUACUUCGCUUUCGCGAUAUGGCACAGGUAUACGACCUGGUGUAGCCGCUGACGGCUCAGGCUCUGCCCCUUAUGGUGUCUCGGAUCCGCGUCGAGGAGGAAUGCCCGUAGACGUCCCGUAUUAUCAGGACUUGCCUCAGCAGCAGCAGCAGCCAUAUCGUCAUGAUGAUUUUGCUGCUUAUGCACAGGACCCUUAUGGACCACCUCAAGGCGAGUUCCAGCAGCGUGCAGGGGGUCGGGUCAUGGAAAAUUACGGCGGGGCACAGCAGCAGCCACUGCCGCAGGAAAUGAUGCAGCACCUCCAGCCGCAGCAACGUUAUCAGGUUGAUCACUUGCUUCCAGCCCCGACACCUAGUGUCAACAACCGUCGCAACCGGCGGGGCGGACGCUUCCGUCGGUAA